CAUAAAUAAAAUAAAAACGAGAUAGAGAGAAAUUUCGUCCCUAUUAUAAAAGAACAUAUACACAUAAAUAUGAUUGGUCCUACUACUUUCCGUGCUGCCACUGUAGUUGGUGGCUCCGUUGGAUCGCUCUUGCUUAUGAAGUCCCCCAUUGCAAACGACUCUAAACGUAGGUUCUACGAGGAUGAAACUGAAGUAGUUCCAGUACCAGGUACUGUUACUCCUUCUUCAGGUACAGAACUUGAAAUAUUAGGUCAAAAUAGACUCAUUGACGGUAUAUCCGUGCGUUCUCCUUCCUCGCUCGAAUCUGCCUUCAAGACGAUUAGAGAAUCCGUAGUAGACGUGUACAACCAAGGACGUGCGUACUUGGAUACCACAUAUGUUCAAUAUCAUGAAACUGAAAGAAAAGUCACAAACACCGUGAGUCAAUUACAUGCCAAGCAAGAAGACCUCUUGCCCAACUCCAUAUACGUGUUGGUUGCUGCGUUAUCCGGUAACAUUUUGGCGCGUCAAAGAAACAUAGUAGCAAAGGCUACCUUCCCAGUGGUGUUGGGAUUAGCAUCUUUCAAAUACUUCUUGCCAGAGACCUUUGGCAGAACUACAGGGUUUGUAUGGUCUUUGGAAAAGCAAAACUUACCUCACUUGGCACAACAACAGGAAUUGGCUGUUGCUAAGACAAACGAGUUGGUUACCACCAUUGGACAAUCCACCGAAACUGGUCAAAAGAAGUUACAAAGCGGAGUGCAAUCUUUAAGAAGUUCUAUUGCAGGCAUUACUGGAUUGAACUUGGAUGAAGAAGUCUCUAAAAAGUAAAGGGGAUAGGAAGCCUGGUGUUUGUGUGUGUGUGUGUGUUGCUUAUGUUAGUGGGAUUAUUAUUUUAUUUUUUUUUGGCUUUAGAAAAUUUUCCUAUCUGCAACAUUGUAUUUGUAUGUUUGUGGUGUACACAAAUAAAAAGUUUGAUAGAUACAUUGUAGAG